GCUAGGCGGAAGCGGAAGCGUCGAUGCCUGAGGAAGCCCCUGGCGGACCGCGUCGGGGCCGGGGCUGCGCGGGGCCAGCCGGCGGGCGCCAUGGCACCGACACGGGCCGGGCUCGGCCUGGCCUUGCGAGGAGCCGGUAAGCUGCUGCUUAUUGAUCCUGCGACCCUACCCUGAAUUCCACUGAACCAUGGGGGAAAACAGUCCUGAGAGUGUCAUCUAUUAUGAAGUGGAGGAGGAUGACUUGACCCAGGAGGAUAAACCGUUAAGGUUUGUGGACAAGAAUGGCCUUGUCUCAUCUUUGUCACGGACGGUGUAUGACAGAACAACAGUCCUCAUUGAACAAGAUCAAGGGUCACUGGAGGAAGAGGAAGAUGAAGGGCCGUGUGGUGAUCCUCUCCCUUUUCUACCUGAAGGUCAUGAGGACAGGUUUCAUUUGAUAGCGGACCAUGAAGGAAUAUCCCAGGGUUAUGUCCAGCACAUUAUUUCUCCAGAUCAGAUUCAUUUGACUAUCAAUCCUGGUUCAACUCCGAUGCCACGAAACAUUGAAGGAGCCACCCUCACUUUGCAAUCUGAGUGCCCUGAGACUAAGCUUAAAGAAGUGAAACGCUACCAGUGCACAUUUGAGGGCUGCCCUCGUACCUACAGCACUGCAGGUAACCUGCGCACCCAUCAGAAGACUCACCGAGGAGAAUACACCUUUGUGUGUAACCAGGAGGGGUGUGGAAAGGCUUUCCUCACUUCCUACAGUCUCAAAAUCCAUGUUCGUGUCCACACCAAGGAGAAACCUUUUGAGUGUGAUGUACAAGGCUGUGAGAAAGCCUUUAAUACACUGUACAGGUUGAAAGCCCAUCAGAGGCUUCACACAGGGAAAACAUUCAACUGUGAAUCAGAGGGUUGCAGCAAGUACUUCACCACGCUCAGUGAUCUGCGGAAACACGUUCGGACUCAUACAGGCGAGAAGCCCUUUAGAUGUGACCAUGAUGGCUGCGGAAAGGCCUUUGCUGCAAGUCACCACCUGAAAACACAUGUCAGGACACACACGGGCGAAAGACCUUUCUUCUGUCCCAGCAAUGGUUGUGAGAAGACCUUCAGCACACAAUAUAGUCUCAAGAGCCACAUGAAGGGACACGAGAAAGGGCCUGCCUACACUCUGCUCUCCAACAGCAACAUCUCUGAGGAUACAAACCACUCGCUCUGUUUGAGUGACUUGAGCCUCAUGUCCACAGAUUCAGAGCUGCGGGACAAUUCUAAUCCAAUGCAUGGACAAGACCUGAGCACCAUCUCACCAGCCAGCAUUUUUGAGUCCAUGUUCCAGAGCCCGGAGCCUCCUGUCACUCAGGAAGACUCUCAGCAGACAGCCGCCUUGAUCGAAGGUGUUGGUGGUGAUGCAGACCCUGCCCCUGCCAGCCAGCCAUCAGCGGGAGAGGCCAGACCUUUAUCCUUGCCACUUGUUCUGCAGCUUGGCAUCUCUGAGCCCACCCCGCCCAUGCCGCCCCCAGUCCCUGCCAGUCCUCCUCCGCAAGAAGCUUACGGAGCCCCUGCUGCUCUCUUACAGUCCCCAGAAGUGCCUGCUCCUAACAGCACAUUCUUUACAGCAAACCCUCAGAACUUCCUGCCCCCUGUUCAGCCACCUCGGCAGCCCCUUGGGACUGGCCUUUCUGUUGUCGCAGGUGCCCCCGCACAAGCUGCACCAAGUGCUCCCGAGGCGCUGCCCGGGGGUGUUCAGACAAUGCCUCUUGGCGGGAGCUCUGUGCUAGCUGGCAGUCCGACCAUCACCAUCACUCCUUCGCAAAGUGCAGCCAUUCUACAGUCCAGCCUUGUCAUGGGAGAGCGGAACCUUCAGUGGAUUUUCAACGGUGCCAGCAGGAUGUCCCAGAACCAAGAGCAAAUGCCACAGGCCCCAGUUGUGGAGAAUGUCUUCUUUACUACUGCCCUGCCUGUUGCUGCUAAUGCAGGGAGCUCCAUGCAACAGAUCGGCUUGAGCGUACCUGUGAUCAUUAUCAAGCAAGAGGAAGCCUGCCAGUGCCAAUGUGCCUGCCGGGACUCGGGGAAGGAGAAAGCCAGCAGCAGCAGCAGGAAGAGCUGUUCCUCAUCUGACUCCUCCAAGCCCUCAGAGGAGCCUCCUGCGCCAGGGCCUCUGCCACGACCCUUCCCUGUUGCCGUGGCCGCUACCCCGUCUGCGGAUGUCCUCUCUUCCACAUUGCCUCCUUCCUGCGAGCGGAGCACUCUGGCUGGGAAGCCGCUGGACUCGCAGACCCAAUCCCUAAGUGCCGUGGAUGUUUCCGACUUCCUUUCCCUCCAGAGCCGCGAGGCCCCUUCCCCACUAAUCCCCAUUGAAGCCCUGCUGCAGGGGGAGGAAGAGCUUGCCCUUGGCAACAGCUUCCCCAAGUGAAGCCUUCCUGACCCCUGGGGAAGGCUCAACAAGGAGCCUUUCUCCCUGGCUGUGGAGCUCUCUCCUUAGGAGAAGACAGAGCAGGCAAAGAUGCCUUCCGAAGAGAGACGGCAAAGAUGUGCCUGAACUGCUGGGCUGCUCUCUUUCGCCCCUUCAGCUCUUUGUGAAUGAAAAGGGGGGGAUCGGAGAUAAUUGCUGUCUACUUGCACAUAGCUUGGUGGAGGUUGGGGAGUGGUGUGGGCAGCAUGUGAAGUCCUUGUUACAGUCUUCAGUAGUGUGUGCACUAUUAUGGGGUGGGGGCAGUGGAGCGGUGAGAUGGGCUCCCAUUCGAGAGAGAACUGCACUUUUCAAGAUGGUGUCACCAACUUCAGUGCCAGGGAGAAAGAGAGUUCAUGCUCCUUCCCAAAUGGGUUCCCCCCUCCCUGGCUUGGAAGCGCUAGAAGUCUAAGCAAGGCAUAUCUACUCAAGAGUUUGCACUGGAGUAAAAGCUCUUGCUCUGUAGAGGUGGCUGGGUCUUCAGACCCUCUCCUGCUUGGUAGCUGAGUGCCACUCACAGGAUCUAGCGGCCCGAGUGUUUACACAGACUUCAGUGGCUCAUUUGCACUGUUUCAGCUUUACCAGAACCACUGGCCCAGCACAGCCGUUUGCAGCGUAGCAAACGCAGCCAUAGGAUCUUGGCCAGCUUUUCCUGUAGGUGGGCAGCUGUGGCUAUGGAAGCCUCUCUGUCCUUCAGGUAGACAUUGCUCUUGCCACAUAGGAAUCAUCCAACCCUCUGCAGAUACUGCCCAGCCCUUUGGCAAGUGAAUGCCAGUGUCUCUCCAGAGCACAGCUCCCUCCCUCGCAAGGAGCCUGGCAUUCAGGCAGCUUCCCAGAUGCUUCCUCUUUGCCGUUAAGCAGCUUCCUGCCCAAUUCUGCCUCAGCCUGCUGCUGUGGACAGUGCAUCCUCCUUACCUUCUAACUUAACUCAGGGUAAAAUAGAAACACAGUCUCCCUUCACACCAAAGCCUGUAGUUUUCCUGGAAGCAUCCCCUCCUUUUUAAUGUUUUAAUUGCGUCCUUUGACUUUUGCAACAUAGGUGCCAUUUUGAGGGUUCCACCCAACUAUGUCUGGGUUUGUGGCCAUUCCCUUUGUGUUCCUAGCAUCUUCAUUUCACAUGCAGAAUAACUGUCUGAUAGAAGGUGGAUACCAGGAAGCUUCUUGCAUACUGAGAGGGACAAAUGACAUAGGCUUCUCCAGGCAGCUGGGGGGGGGGGGGGGUGAGACGCCUCGGGACUUCCUUAAGCCUUCUCUGAAAUUUGCCCUGGUGUAGGAAAGGUGUUAGUAACCCUACCCCACUCCUAGCACCUGGGAGGGAGAGUCCAGUGAGCCUCAUUGGAGGCUGUGUAAGAGCCUGGGGCUUAAGCAGGCUAAGGUCUGGCCCAGCUUGGAGAGGAGGAAGAGACUGCCUACACUAAAAAAAGAAGAUUCUAGCUGUUUGGUGCAGGAAGGUACAGCCUGUGUAGUGCAGAGCUGCCCAGAGGCAUUGCCCAGUUAGCUCUGUUAUGGCAGGGUAGAGAUCAGAGAGUUGAAAUACUUGGCCUGAAAAUUGUUGGGCUGAAAUGGUCAGCUUGAAGACCCAUGCAGUGCAACGUAGAGGAGAUAUCUUUCCUCUGACCUUGGCUGCAAUUGGGUGUUGAUUUUCAAGGGUGGGGAUGAAGACUCCUUGGUCCCCUGAGCUGCCCCCUUGGUACCUGCAGCAUUGCAUAGCUGCACAGCCUCCUUUGACAAUUGGAGACUUGGGCGGUACUACGGCAGAUGUUCACAAGCAAGCUCAGUGUUGCUGCCUUGCUUGUUCCUCUCUGGGGGUGGAGAGCAGAGCAGCUGUUGGGGAAGGUCGUUUCCAGGUAUUCUCUUUCCUGCUCCUUUAAGCUUAUUUAUUAUUAAAUUGAACUCAAACCAUAACUUUGAGAAUUGCCAUCUCCUUCCCAUGAGUGGGUGAGGCUCAAUAUGGCUGGAGGCGCUCCUUGACAGAUGUGGAGAGGCCCCUGUGCUGGACUGUCAGGGAUUGGGUUUCGCACACGGAGACCACCCUUCGGAGGUUUGUCUGUGUUUGGAAUGGCUGUUGGGGACAUGCCAGUGGGUGGCAGCAGCAUCCUUGCUUGAAGCAUUUAGGCCUGAUGGAUUUUGCUGCUCUGCUGGGUGACUUGGUUAUGCUAAGAACCUUAGGCAGGAAUAGCAUCAGACUGGAGAUGAAGGGAAUGUUUGGAAUCUGCUGCAUUUGCUGGAAGCUGCUGAUGUGGGAGUCUAAAGAAGGAAAAGUACUUUUGCUGGGUCUGCUCCAUUUAUACAAACAUGCUGGGCUAUAUAAUGCACUUUAGUUCUCUUUAAACCAACUGCUGCAAUUUCAUUUGUAAAUAUUUUUCAGAAAGUCCCCCCCCUCCCUUUUUUUUUGGUCUGAGUAAAAGUUUAAUGUGGUUGUGCAAGAAGAAGAGCACUUAACCUCAGUGCAAUACGUGUAUCUAGAAGUGGCAUCCCCCAUGCACUCUGGUUGUGUGUGUCUGUGCAUGUGUGGAUGGAAUUGGUGUAGGAACCAGCUCAGUAAUAUGUGUUCUGCCCCCUUCUGAUUUAUGCAUUCUUAAGCAAAUGUCCAGUCUAUGCAAAAAAUAUAUCAAUAAAAACGGGAGAUUCACCUGUACAGAAUCAGGCGGCGGGGGGGGGGGGGGAGGGGAGGGGACUUGUGUUUUCUGAGGCGACUGUGGCCACUGCUGAGAUACAGAAUCUAGCUUGAUAUAAUCUGCCUUCCUCUGUUAAAAGCCUCCCAGAGAGGAAGGGCCAAGGGAGAGGGAGAAGGCUGUCUUUUAUUGGACUUGUAGCACCUGUAGCACCUUCUGCUCUUCCAGGUAUCAUAUUCUGGCUUUACUUCACUGCAAGGGAUUCUCCAUCCAAAGUGGCAAAAUCCUUCAAAGAGAUUGCAGUCCCUUCUGGCACCUCCUCACAAAACGUGCCCAUGGUUGAUUCGUAGGGGAGGCCAAAAGAAACCAACAAAAGGAAUUUUGUUUGACAAACGUAGAGGAGAUGCCAGUGUCACUGAUUGGCUCCCUCUUUUUUGCAACCCCCCCCCCUCCAAGCUUCUUGGUAAUUCAAGCAGUUGAUCUGGGAGGUAGAUGCUCCUCCCCCUGGAUCAGGAGUGUUCCCUGAAGGGUAUUUUCCUUAACCUCUUUUGCAGGUGGUGUCUCCUUUUUUUUCUGUAAGCAUCCUCUGUGGAUGGGGACAGGGCUAACCUUUCCAGUUUUGCAUCUUGUCCUACUUUUUCUUUCUAGGGUUUGGGCUCUGGUUUUGCACUGCAAAAUGCCAAGGAAACUGGAUAUUUAUGUCACUCUGGUCACAUAGAUACAGAUAUUUAUGUAGGGUGCAUGGAUCAGUGUGUGCUCAUUUGUAAAAACUGUGUUUUAUUGGUGUGCACACUGGCCAAAAUUGAAAAAGGUUUCUAUGCAGGGGGCACUCUCAGUUUUCUACUUAACACUCCCCUCGCUUUGUUUUGCAAUUUGUUCCCCUCCAAUCUUCCUUGGUAAAGCCCAGAAAGGUCUCAUGAGAGGAAAGGGCAGUCUGGUAACUGAAGUGGCUCCUUUCUUUGCUCUGCCUGGUUGUCUCUGUCUAUCUGUUGAGAUACUGAAGCGCUUUAUGUGGGAAGAGAGGAGCUGCCAUUCUCUCUAGCGCUGGCUAGAAAAGUUGGGAGAGUGGGCCUAGGGCUUCAUGCGGUAACUGCGAGAGGUUUCUGGUUGCCCCUUUCCACCUUUGGUAUAUAGCUUGGGGCAUACCAGGAGAGAGAUGGGUUGCUUUGUUCUUGGAAGACCAGCAUGGAGUUGUCUGCUUGCAUUCUGCAGAAGGAUGACAGCCGUUGUUAUCCCCUACUCCCCACCCCAAUGUGUGAGAGGGAAGGCAAGGUUUGGGGAGAAAAUCUCUCACUGCUGUCAUAUUAGAGGGGGGAAACUCAGGCCCACCAAAGCCCAUCAGAUGACUUGCAAAGAGGUUGUGGUGGUGCCUGCUUUCACUGGACCUAAGUGGGUGGGUUGUAAACUGGAUACAUCUGUGGCUCCCUCCCUGACGCCCAGAAUUUUGUCUCCUGCUGCCUACAUCUCCAGCCAGUCACUAGAAACGGAGAUGAUUUGAGGUCAGCUUCUCUCAGGAGUUGUGCGUAUUGUGUUUAAACAAACUUAAUUUAACUCUGAACAUGGGAACAAAUGUCCUUGCAUUGAGCGAUGUGAAGAUGUUAGUUACAGGUACAGUACUUCCAAAGGAAGAGUCUCUCCCAAACUCCAGAAGUGUAAAACAUGAAUUUGUAUUUUUGAAGAAUGUAAAAUGUGAAAUAACAGUGUUUGCUUAAACUACUCGAUUUUGUAUAAAAUUAAUAUUGUACUUUGAAAUACCUGCGAGGAAGUGGAAAUUAAUUUUUUUUUUUAAAAAAAAUUGAAAGCAAUAUUAAUACGAAUGGAAAACUAAUUAAACGCUUAUUUAAACCUG